AAUGUGGUGUCAUUGUUAUUAUCUCGAAACUUAUGUGAUGAAAUUAGAUUUCCUAAUUGGCCUAUUGUUGAACAUGUUGAGUUUUUGCAAUCAUUGCUAGUAAUGUGGAGAGAAGAGUUAACUCGAAGGCCAAUGGACCUUUAUGAAGAAGAAGCUUGCAAGAUACUAGAGAUUUCCAUUGAUGAAGUAUCCAGAGACGACGCCCCUAAGAAACCAAGUUUUGAGUCAGUUGAGGAGAUACCUAAUAUAUUAAAGCAGAUUGAGUAUAUUGAUGAGGAAAAGCUCAAGAGACAGUAUAGGAAACUUGCAAUGAAGUAUCAUCCAAACAAAAAUCCUGAAGGGAGGGAGAAGUUUCUAGCAGUGCAGAAAGCUUAUGAGUGCUUGCAGGUGACCAUGCAAGGAUUGCAAGGUCCCCAGACUUGGAGGUUGUUGCUUCUCUUAUUGAUGCCAUUCAAAUAUGCUGGAUAUCCUAUGCUCUUAAGUGCCAUUACAUGGACAAGGAUGAUAACAAUUUUCUUUCCUCUGAUCAGCACAUCUUCUAGUUGCAUCCUCGGAGCUUGUUUGGUUGAUGUGCGAGUCUUCACCAUUCAAUGGUGAAGAGCUUGUGAGAGAUGGUGGAAUACCUCUUCUUGCAACCCUCCUUUCCCGUUGCAUGUGUGUGGUCCAAC